AUGCUGGCUAAGAAAGCUGUUGAGAAGGCUGGAGAAUCUGAUGCUGACCAUCAGAAUGUUGAAGACUCUUUGAAUCAAGGUGUUGAAGCACCCUCUAAAGAUAUUAGAGUUGAAGAAAAUACUGAGCCUCAAGCUCAGAAUAUUGAUGAAGAUACUAAGGAAGUUGCAGAAAUUCUAGUAUCUAACUCUUUUGGAAGCAAGGAUCAACCAAUGGAUGUUGAUGAAGAAGCUGUGUUGGAACAAGAAAAUGUUGAAGCUCAUCCUGAUUUUGAUCUCAACAUUGAAGACACUACAAAUGAUCUCUAUGAAGAGCUCUUUCAAGAUGCUCAGGGAGAAAACUUUCAGCAGGAUGAUCAGAAUGUUCAAAACAACACUGAUCAGAAUGUUCUGGAGGAUGUAGCUCAAAAUGUUCCUAAUGCAACUGUUGAGCAGCUGUCAGCAGAUCCUAAUCCUUUGGGUUCAGGAUCUUUGCCUUCUGAGGAAGUUCAGCUUCUUGCUCAAACUGGUCAGAAUGUUCCAUCUGCUCAGAACAUGGAACAAGCUCAGUUUGUGAACUUGUCAACAUCAACAAUGGGGUCUACUGUUGGAAUUAGCAAGUAUCUGGUGUCUUCCCUACCAACACCAAGUACCAUUCCUUCAUUCACACCACAAACCAAAACAACUCAGAAUCUGCCAAAUAUGUCUGCCUUGUUUGACUCUUUAAACACUUUUGUCACAGCAAACAAAGGAAAUGCUGAUGUUUCUGGUGAUGUUGCUCCUGCCAAGCCUUCUAAGGCUGAGAAAAUGGCUACAAGGGCUCUCAGAGUUGCCACCAAAACUCACAAACUUGUGUGUGCACUUGCUAACUGGACAAAGGAUGUUCAGGCUCCUGGUUUAGCAGUGGACAAACAUGUCUUUGAUGAUCCAACAGUCUUUGAAUCUGAACUAUCCUCAGAUUCUGGGGAUUCUACUCCCUGA